GCUGGUGUUGUCUGUUUAGGUGCCCAUAUCAGAUUAUCUGAGUCUGGGUUGAGUCAGUGCUUUGGAAGAGUAGAAAUCUACCACAGUAGUGCGUGGGGAACAGUCUGUGAUGAUGGCUGGGACUUAGAGGAUGCUGAAGUGGUCUGCAGAUCCUUAGACUGUGGUACAGCCCUGAGUGCCACUUCAUCUGCCCUUUUUGGUCAAGGAAGUGGACAGAUCUUGCUUGAUGAUGUGGCCUGUUCAGGGAGUGAAAGUUCUCUAACUGAGUGUCAGCACAGAGGAUUCGGGACACACAACUGUGGACAUGGUGAAGAUGCGGGUGUCGUCUGUUCAGCGAGUCUCCCAAAACCCAGCAUCUCUGUAAAUGAAGGUCAGGUUAGCUGGGGUCAGAAUAUCAGCAUCACUUGUUCCGUCUCAUCUGAGUUCUUAGAUGGAACUUUCACCCUCAAGAAAACCUCAAGUAAUUUCAGUCAGACUGAAACAGGAUCCCGAUCUGCUACCUUCAAUAUCCACAGAGUGGACUUCAGUGAUAAGGGACUGUACCAGUGUCAGUAUGAGAAACGCAUUUCAAGUAACACAUUCAGCUCCCCCCUCAGUGACUCUGUCAGAAUCUCUGUUACUGUAAGCAAACCCAAUAUCUCCAUCAGUCCUGCUGGUGAGGUGACCUGGGGUCAGAACAUUGGAAUCUCUUGUUCAAUCUCAACUCAAACUUUAGGUGGAACAUUCAUUCUGAUGAAAACAUCAGAUUCAUUCAACAGGACCCAAAACUCAAACACAAACUCUGCUACCUUCAAUAUUCCUGAAGUAGACUUUGAUGAUGAGGGAUUGUACCAGUGUCAGUAUCAGGAAAGCGGCCCAAGUCAACAAUUUUACUCCCCAACAAGUGACUCUGUUAGGCUCUCUGUUACAGUGAGACUUCAGAGGCCCAGCAUCUCCUUGACGUUUCCUAAUGCAGGACUUGUCUGGGGUCCUGAAGGUGCACAGAUCACCAGGGGUUACAGCUUUGUCCUCACCUGUUCCAUUAACUCGACAUUUUCCAGUGGACAUUUUAUUCUCAGCUUCUCUGGCUCCAACCUCACAGAGCCAGCAGUCAACAACUCAGCCUCCUUUAGUUUCCCUGUAGCUGAGUAUGAACAGCAGGGCAACUACAGCUGUGUGUACGAGGUCACAGUGUCCACACGGACAUUCAGAUCUGCUGAAACUGCACCGAUUACUGUCAUCAUUAAAUUGUCUUUGAUGCCGCUGGUGUCCUCUGUAUCUGUUGUAAUCCUGCUGCUGCUCCUGCUGCUGCUCUUAGCGGUGUGGCUGAUCCUCAGAAGAAAACGACAACACAAGCAGCCUGCAGCUCUCAUCCAAACUCAAAUGGUUGUCCAAGUUGGGAAUGACUACACGUGGGGAGACAUUGAGAGCGAUGAGGAGGUCUAUGUGAAUGUUGAUCUGCAUCAAAAAAUAAAAGGUGAAGCUACAGGAGAGGAUGGAGACUUGAGCGAUGACUAUGAGGAGCCAGUGAAUGAUGGCGACUGUGAUUUUAAGGAAACAGAUCCCAGUGACUAUUACAGAUGUCCAAAAGAGGCCUGUAUGUUUGUAGACAAUCACAGGGAAGAAGAUGAUGAUGAAGAGAAAACUAGUCAUGCAGAAGAUGUCUUUGAGAAUGUAUCCCCUCCAUCACCAGUUUAUUAACAUUCAUAACAACCUGAAUCGCAUAAACAUCCAAAAUACAACCACACCGAAAAUACCUGCAGGCCAAUAAAUGUUCACCAGUGUCGUAUGGGUUCUAUUUCUUCAAUAUACCAUUCUUUGUAACAAUAUUUCCCUGAUAUAAUGAAUGGUA